UGGGCCAUAUGAACCUUUCAGAGCUAGAAGAGCAAGUGAAAAGAUUGAAUAGUCAAAUAGAAAAACUCGAAAUUCUGGCGAAUAAGCAACGCUACGAGGCAAGAGAAGCUGUGCAGAGUCACGAAGCAGACUUUGAACGACGUUUGCAACUACUAGAGGAAGAAAAUGAGAAGCUUAGAAGAGAAUAUGAAAAAAUGCGUUAUCAGAGACUGCAUCUUAUCAAAGGUUUGGAGGAGCUACGACUCAGACUGGCGAAAACUUCAGAGAUGUGUCACAAGUGAAUCCGACGUUUCUUGUUAGAGCUUUCUUUUAAGCUUGCCAAUGCAGUGACCUUUUUUUGCUUCCGAAAACUGUUCUCUAUUUUUUAAGAUAGUCGUUCUCUAGACUUGUUGGAAGCUACUUGACAAGAUUCCUUAAGAUCAACAUAUUGUCGGAAAGUCGGAGUUUAACUAGUGUUUAGAUGCAAAUUACUUCUUAUUAAAUAUAAAGAUAUACUCUAACAUUUCUAGGAUAUAUUGUGCAAAUUAUUGGAAAUCUAUGCUUUCCUUUAAACAAACUGAAAGUUCUGAACUUUCACGGACGUUAUUACUGUUUGAAAAUCUCACACAACAGUGGGCUUUGAAGUUCCGUUUUCCCAGCUUGUUGUUGGAUAAAGGUGAUCAAGCUCCUCUGAUCUCCAAAUAGAUGAUUUAAUGGUCCCUCUUUAGUUACAAAGUAGUUGGAUAUCAAAAAGAAAAACUGAUUCGUGCUGCAAUGGAAUGUAAAACUUGAAUCGUAAAAUGAGAAAAGUUACAAUUGACUGGUGAAAUUUGUAUGUCUUAUAUUCCGCUCUUCGGGAUGAAAACAAUUUCUCUAUAACCGUGUCAAGAAUGAGGUUUCUACAAAACUGCAUUAAAUAUUUCAACAUGAGU